AUGGAAAUGUCACGAUCAAGUGUAGCCUUGUUGAUCCUCGUCAAUUUCCUCCAAGUUCUUGAAGGCGGAGACUGUAUAAUUAUUGGAACAUACCUUGGAGCGUUACCAAAUGGUGUGCGACCUCCAGCCCUGUCCUCGAUCCACCCCCAAGGUAAAUUUUGUUUUGUAGUUGGAUUUUGCCAAAGAUGUGUCUUACAAUGGAAAUUUUCAGCCAUUUUCCGAGUGGACAAGAUUGGGCAUCACCAAGCGGAGUAUCAGUAUCACGGCAGACAAAGGGAACAAUCCCAACCGAAAAUACGUGAUCUCUCUUGGUGGAGCGGCAAACUUUGGUGGAACGUUCAGAAUUAGACAGGGGCUAACCGUCGAGCAAUGGGUGACAAAUGCAGUGGCAUCUAUUUCUCAAAUACUCACGAAUUUGAGUGCAGAUGGUGUUGAUAUUCCGCAGGUAAGUUAUUUUGCGUUGUUAGCCAUAAACUUGUUCCCUGCUCAUUGAGUGCGAUAACAUUUGCUAAAUUGGAUCAACGUCAACGUGUGCAAGUAUAUUAGAACACAGUUAAUAGACUAUAUUAAGAAUUACUGUUACUGUGGUUAUAGAGCUAAUGGACAUGAUUUUGCGAAUAACAUGCAUGCCGAUACUGAACUAUUAAAGACAGGAAUUAUCAUUCUUGAAACAAACAUUUAAGGUCAUGACCUUGAAUGUUUGUUCUUUUCAUUUCACGAUUGAAAUUUCUGCUCCACAAAAUUUACCCUUGUAUAUAUACUGUUUUGUUUAUCUUAACGUUCGAAGGAGGGACAAGAUACAUCAAAUUCAGGCCAGCAGUCACCUGUCUUGCCCAACAAUUGAAAGCCCUGGGCUACGUCACAACCUUUGGUCCUUACUACGGUGGAACUUGGAGUGAUUACGUCGGUCUCCCACUAAACAACGUCGAUUAUGUCUUCUGCCAGUUCUACGCCAAAAACCUGGGGAACGUUAACAGCGUUGUCACGGACAUCACACAAGCAGCAAAUGACCUGGGCGGUUGGAGCAAGCUUGUCGCUGGAUUUAAUUCUAAUAAUAGAAAUCCAAAUCCAACUGUUUCGCUGCAGGCCUUUCAACGACUCAAGAGAAAUUUGCAGGGAACAUUCACAUGGGCCGCUGAAAUCUCCAAGUCCAAAUCGUCCACCAUAUUGCAUUGA